CCUGCUCAAUUCACUAUCGGAGACUAUUUUAUCGCUGCUGUCGGGCCUUGCUGCUGUGACAUGCUCUAAGAUGAAGGUAUGGAAGGUAGUGGUGGUCGCCUCAAUGCUCUUCAGUACCAUAUUUUCAGCUCUUAUUUACAGAAACAUGUCCAUUAGAGGGAGAACAAUUACUCCAUCCUCAUCAGAAGAGCAUCAGCCCCAGGACCCAAGACUGCCACCCAGCCCCCAGUCUUACAAAGUGAAAUGUAAGGGACCAGUACCUUUCCCUGACACAUGUGGAAAGGUACAUAUAGAUAAGAGCAUAUUAAAAACCCACACAGAUGAAGAAGCCAAGGAGCUGGUUAGAGCCUUGAUUCAAAGGUACAGAAGGUCAUCUGAUUCGAAGCGAAAGGCUCGGACUCAUUCACGACCAGCUUUAAGAAGUAAAAGAGCAAAAUCAAGAGCGACCAAAGGGUGUACCUUGAAGGAGAUCAAUGUGACUGUCAGUGAUCUGGGGUUUGCCCAUGUCUCAGAGGAGGUAGUGCGCUUCAGAUAUUGCACCGGAUCUUGUGAUGCUGAAGAGAAAAACUAUGAUCUGACUCUGAAAACCUUGAGAAAUUCGAAGCGAAUUAAAAAAGAGAAGGUCAGAGCACGGCCAUGCUGUCGGCCCACACUUUAUGAUGAUGAUGUCUCUUUCCUGGAUGAUAACUUUCGUUAUUACACACUUCGACAGCUGUCAGCAAAGGAAUGUGGCUGUGUUUGAGGGACUGAUCACACAAUGCGAAUACUUAUGUCUCUUCCUCACAAUGAACAGGAGCCUUCAGACCUUGCUCGGCUCUGAGCCCCGGUCAGAGUAUGGUUUCUUGGCGAGAUGUCAACGGGAGGAGAUGGGUAGGGAUCAUCAAUCUCCACCCCUAAUGAGGCUAAGAGUUACGGUGCAUCAAGAAGUAACAGGCUCAGCAAAGAAUUUUUCAGCAAGUUUAUGUUUGCCAUGCCAUGUGGCCUUUAUGUUUCCAAAUGUGCUAUAAAGUACAGCUCUGUGGCCAGACUUGUGUCAAGUGGGAAUGUAGGUUUCUGUUUUGCAGUUGACUCCCUUGUACUUUUCACCAGGCUCAACUGAUUCUACAAUGCAGGAUGGUAAUCCCAGGGUCAUGGUCUGUGCAGAAGGAAUAUGCUUUGAAUAACUUCAUCCCCUCUCCCUAUAUAUUUAUAUAUAUAUAAUAUAUAUAAUAUAUAUUAUAUAUAAAACAAAAAGAUGAAACCACAAUUCUCCUUUAACUGGCCGAUGAUGCUGAACUUUUAGACUCCUGCUUCCCUGAACUUGCUGGGAAGAGUUUUAAUGCUCUUAGUUAGUCUGUGCCAGAGUGAGCACACUGACUGAUGCUGAUAAGGAGGCACCUGUAAAUCAUAAUGACCUGAAUCCCAUCAAGUUUUGAGGAUUAAAUCAAACAAAUUAUUAAAGGAUUGUACUGGGUCGCAGUGGCACUGUUGCAUUGCUAGUCAGCUAAAUCCCUUUCAAAAUGACCAAACCAAAGUCAAUUAACAUUCAGUGAUUGUAGGGUGUGAAAUUCCACCAAGUUAUUAUUCUCGACAGGCAUGUGGUUGAAAUUCAGAAUUCUGCAAUGUUACCUGACUAGAUAAUGAGUCAGAUUAUUUGUAUACUCACAAUAUGAGACAAAAGCAGUACAGUAUAUAGACAACAGUAACCUUCAUUUCCCCUUUCUUUCAUUCACUAUUUCACCCCCUCUCAGUUCCUAUGUUGGUUCCAUUACCCAUUCUCUCUCCCAGCCCCUCAUUUCUGUCAUUACCUCCAUUUCUCAGUCAUCACUGUGUUUACUAUGGUUUGAAAUCAUCCAGUGUGAUUUUAAUAAUGAGGAUAUUAUUUUUUUGUCCCUGGGAUGUGAGUUUUCCAGCCCCUACUUAUUGCCUAUCCCUAAUUCCCCUUGAGAAGAUGCUGAUAAACUUGCUGCAGUUCAUGUUCUUGUGGAAUUCCUUUGUCCUCUGUUUUAAUGAAGGCAUUAGAGGGUUGCUGUUGCAUUGGAACAACAGGCAAACCAAUUUGAUGCCACCAUUGAUAUUCAAUAUUAAUAUCACAUAGGAUGAUUCCAAUCCAGUCAUUUCAUGCUGGUAAAUAGGGCAUUUGGCAGCUAGCUGUUUCCCCAUUUGGCAGGGAUAAAGUACGGAGCCAGUUAAGUACAGUGAGGAAGGAAAGUUUCCAAGAUCUUUGCAAAAAUUUCUGAGAUUCACAUCCAAACAGUCUGCAUUUUUCAUUGAAACUGCACAUUACAUCAGACUGGUAACACAGGUUCCUUCACACUUUAAUAUCAUUGCAGAUUAUUUGUGCUAUUGUUGUACUGUUGUAAUACUGUUACCUUUGAUUUACUGUAUGUGCUACAAACUAUGGUACCAGCGCCUAGUCCCCACUUCUACCAAUGUUGGUACCAAUAUUCCUCACAUGUUGCUUAUGAGUACCUGUACAACUGACACAGUUGCCACCAUUGAUGUGGUCCUGGGACUAUUCAAACACUGCUGCUACAAUUGUGUUACCAACAGUUCUGGUUCAAACAUUAUAUCCUUAUACAAACUGUCAUAAAUGAAAUGGGCCAAUGGCCCAAGGAAGGAUGAUCAUUUAUGGACUCAGAGUAGGCUGGCUCUAGAUGCUCUUAGAUAUACCAUUAUCACUGUAUCAUACACUACCAGGAUGGCAGAAGGUGAACUAGAUGGAACUUGGUCAGUUCUUGUCUGGUAAUUCCUAUAUUAAAGCAGGCCCAUGGGUGGACUUCGCCACUGGGACAAAAGUCACAGGAUUGGUAUGUAACUCCAGAAGUUUGACCUAUAAGUACUAACUCCUAAAUGUUUCCCAGGUUUACCAGAGAUAUUAUUUAACUGGGACUCAGCCUGUGCCAAUAGCUCUUUUAUAAAGUCAGAUUCCAUCUUAACUGCCAAAAAAGGCAUUGCAGGAGUUCUAAAGUUCAUAACAUUUUAUUAAAACAUAAUACAAAAUUAACAAAUUUAGCAUAAUACUCCACUGAUUAUUUAAUAUUCUUAAUUUAUCCUCAGUAUUUACCCUGAUUAACUGGAAGUACUGCCGGGUUCUUCAUUCGGUCCUAGGAUAUGAUGUUGUUAUCUCUAAACAGGCCUUGGCUCCUGUGGUGUUGUCACUAAAGUACCCAUCCCCCAUGCCCCCACCACCCAACUUCAUCUCUUCCACCCUCCCAAAAUAGUUACUCUCAAAAUAGUAGAACAAAUAAAUAUAGGAAGGGAUGGAAUUGUAUAAUUUGUGUUAAAUGAAUGUUUCAGUGUAAAUAGUCAGGGUGUCUAGCUGUAGGCCUAACCUGCUGACAUGAUUAUUUUGGUGAGGUUCACCGGACAUUAAUCUCCUUCCUUGGGACUACCUACAACACGUUCACUUCAGCUGAAACAUCCCAUUUCCAACUUUUGUCAGAUGACAAGUCAUUGCCUCCUAGCAAACCAGUUUAAUGCAAAAUCUAAUUAAAUAUCGGUGUCCAACUCCCACACAACCAUGCCUUGAAUUCUGAUACUGUAUUGCAGUGGUACCACUCCCAAAGCUUUUUAGUCUCUGUCCUACCUUUGAUCAGUUGCAAUUCCAUUUUAAUAAUGGUGCAGUAGUUAGAAAUGCCUAUAUCUGGAUAAUAUGUUGGCAUGGUUGAUUAUUGUCCCUUCAUAAAUGAUGCCAUUAACUUACAGCUAUUUGGAAAGGCAAGAAUGCCAUCUAACUGUUAAAGACUUUUUGUUAGGGAGCUAGGUCAGGUCAGCCACAAGAUGAGAGAACCACACAACACUAACCCAUGGAGGUGCAGUUCCUGAGUUGAUCCAGCCUUUUGCUCACAAAGUGCAGAGAGGGAGAGAAAAGCAGCACUGGUGAAUUCUGAUGGACUUUUGAGGUUAGAUUUGAAGUGAGGUUGUCACUAGCUAGACUUGUGGAUCUGGACACAAAUUAAUAGUCUAUCCUUUAAUGACAUGAAUGCUUUAACUUGACAGGAUAUUUUUAUGAGCAGAAAAAGGUGGAAAACUAAUACAUGGUUGACAUAGGCCAUUAAAAAGGAGGCGGGGACAAUAAAUGUUGUUUGGCAGCCUUGUACUGGUAAUGGAGCAUCGUGUGAGGAGUGCUGUGUUCUCUGGCUUUAUAUUCUCAUUUUUAAACCAAAAGCACUUAAACAUUUACCUCUGAAAGACAUAACUGUACAAAUUCAUCUUCUUUCCUGCCUCUGGUGUUGGACAACCAUGACCGACUGAAACAAUUUGAUGCAAUGCAUCGGUGUCAGUGAAACAGUCUAUUUAUUGGAGAGUAAAUUAUGUUAUUUAUUUAGUAUUAUUACAAACAAACAAUCUGUUUAUUUAUUUGAAACAGUAUAAUGUGCCAAAGCGGAGUUCCUUUCAUUACAGUCUCUUCCUAUAUUACCUGUGGGAUACACUUGUUAAAUUGAAAAUAAAAGGUGAAAACAUU